CAUACGGUAUAAGGGGACUAUGGGCUACUAGAGAGCAUUGGAACCAUCAUUUUGUUUGGGGUUUUCAAAUUCUCUUCACUUCAAGAUGAGGGGCCUGCAGGUCAUUGUUACAGUGCUGGUCUGCUCAUUGACGCCAGGAACUCCACUGGAUGUAUUUGGUAAGCCAAAUUGGUCAUUGCUCUCACGAUGCAGUCUCUUUGGAGAAAACCACAUCAGGACAUUUGAUGGAACAUUCUACGAUUUUGUCGGAGACUGCAGCUAUAUGGUAGCCGGAGAUUGCCAUAAACAUACUUUCUCCCUUCAAGUGGAUUACAGACAAGGUAAAAAGAAGAGCAUCUCAAUGUAUCUGGGAGAAUACUAUGACAUUCAUAUGUUUUUUGAUGGAACGGCAACUGAAGGAGAAAAGAGCAUUUCCAUGCCGUAUGCAUCUAACGGGAUCUACUUGGAAAACGAGGCCGGAUAUCACAAAUUGUCUAGUCCCGAACAUGGGAUAAUGGUGAAGAUUGACGUGAACGGAAAUGUGCAAAUUGUGUUUUCAAACGAACAUUUUAACAGGUCGUGCGGCCUUUGUGGUAACUUCAAUCAGUUUGCAGAAGACGAUUUCUUGACUCAAGAAGGCAUUAUUGUAGAAAAGAGCUAUGAAUUUGCCAAUUCCUGGGCACUACAUGGGGGAGACAAGAGGUGCAAGAGGAUUUACCCACCCAGUAACACCUGCAACAUUUCAUCAGAAGCAGCAGAAAAGGACCUCAUGCAGAGAUGUCAACUGUUAAAAUCAUCUGCAGUGUUCGCAAAAUGCCAUCAGGUUGUUGACCCAGAUCCCUUCAUUGCCAUCUGUGAGAAGGAUAUGUGUGAAUGUGCUGAGGAUGUUCACUGCCCGUGCCAAACGUUCUUGGAAUAUACACGAUCUUGUGCCCAGCAUGGCGUAAUUAUCCAUGGCUGGCCAAAGGACACGACUUGCAAGCCAGAGUGCCCACAUGGGAUGGAGUACAAUGAAUGUGUGUCCCCAUGUGUUCAGACCUGUCAGAGUCUGAAAAUCAAUGAGGUGUGCCAGGAGAGCUGUAUUGAUGGUUGCAACUGCCCAGAAGGGAAAGUCCUUGAUGGCGCUCGAUGUAUUGAUCCCUCUGAAUGUUCCUGCGUUCAUGCUGGAAAGCGAUAUCCUACAGGGGCCAAAAUUACCCGGGACUGUAAUACUUGUUUCUGCAGACAUGGGCUUUGGGAUUGCAGCGAUGAAGAUUGUCCAGGAGAAUGUUUUGUCACAGGACAGUCUCACUUCAAAAGUUUUGACAACAAAUAUUUUACCUUCAGCGGGAUCUGCCAUUUCCUACUUGCCAAAGACACCACGGACAACACUUUUUCUGUUGCUAUAGAGACCAUGCAGUGUGCAGAUGACCCAGACGCCGUGUGCACCAGAUCCGCUUCUGUCCGUCUCCUGGACAUGCAAAAUAUAACAAUAAAGUUCAAACAUGGAGGAGGAGUGUCUGUAGAGGGACAAGAUAUUAUGCUCCCGCUGCUGCAAGGUUCCCUCCGCAUCCAGACUACAGCACUGACAUCAGUACAACUCUCGUAUCGCAAUGACCUCCAAAUUGAUUGGGAUGGCCAUGGGAAACUUCUGCUCAAGUUGUCUCCGGCCUACUCAGGAUCCACCAGUGGUCUUUGUGGAAACUAUGAUGGAAAUCAGGGUGAUGACUUUCUUUCACCGUCGGGGCUUGUUGAGGCCAGCGUAGAGGACUUUGGAAAUUCUUGGAAGCUCAGCGGUGACUGUGUAGAUCUGGUGAAACAAGACACAGACCCAUGCAUUUUGAACCCCAAAAGAGCCAGAUUUGCAGAAGAUGUUUGCUCUGCUCUCAUGGACUCCAUUUUCCAGCCAUGUCACAACGAGGUUGAUCCCCUCCCAUACCUGAAGAAUUGCCGAUACGAUGUCUGUGCCUGCUCCAAUGGGAAGGAAUGCCUCUGCUCUGCUUUUUCAAGCUAUGCCUCUGCCUGUUCCAGAAAAGGUGUACUCAUUGAAUGGAGAACACCUGAAUUUUGCCCAAUCAUGUGUCCUCAGGGAAAGAUCUACCAGGAGUGUGGAAGCCCCUGCAAUAACACUUGUCGGUCACUGUCCCACCCCGACACCAACUGCAGAGAGUUCUGUAUGGAAGGAUGUUACUGCCCCGUCGGUCUCUAUACCAACGAGUUUGGAGAAUGUGUACCCAAAUCAGAGUGUCAGUGCUACUAUGAUGGAGAGUUAUUCCAGCCUGAUGACGUAUUCUCAAAUCACCAUUCCAUGUGUUACUGUGAAGAAGGAAUGAUGCAUUGCAUUGCUACUGACAUCCCUGGCUCCUAUUACGCAGAUGCAUAUUUUAGCCAAUCUGCAAGAGUAAAAAGAAGUUUGGUGUGCCGACCUCCAAUGAGGAAAGUGAUAUGCUCGCCAGGUGAUCCAACCAUAAGAGGAACUGAAUGUACCAAAACUUGCCAGAACUAUGAAUUUGAGUGCAUGAGCCCCUUCUGUAUUUCUGGCUGCCUGUGCCCUGAAGGAAUGGUCCGCCAUAACUCCAGGUGCAUCUAUCCAUCCAAAUGUCCAUGUACUCACGCAGGAAACGAUUACGCUCCCGGAGAGUCAGUGGAAAUUGACUGCAACACAUGUGUUUGCAGAGACAGGAAAUGGCAGUGCACAAACAAAGUAUGUGAUGGCACAUGUUCAGCCAUAGGAGUAGCCCAUUACUUGACGUUUGAUGGUAUGAAGUAUAAUUUCCCAGGUGACUGUCAGUACGUCAUGGUUCAAGAUUACUGUAAUGGGGGAACUGGAUCCUUCCGUAUCCUUAUUGGCAACGUGGGCUGUGGUUUCUCAGGAGAGAAAUGUUCCAAAAAAAUUACCAUUUACUUUAGAAAUGGGGAAAUUGAGCUGGCAAAUGAACAGGUCACCAUUAGAAGGCCGCUCAGUGACGAGACAGGUUUUGAUAUGCUCCAGUCUGGAAAUUUCUUUAUUCUUAUACUUGGAAGUGAAAUGUCUGUAACUUGGGACAAGGGAAUGCGAGUUUACAUCACUUUGAAAGAAACCUUAAGGGAGAAAGUCUGUGGUUUGUGUGGAAACUUCGAUGGAAUUGAAAACAAUGAUUUAGUAAGCAGUCAUAAUCAGGUGGAAAUUAACCCAAGCAACUUCGGAAAUUCUUGGAAAGUGAAUCCUCUUUGUGCUGAUGCUGCAAUGUUCUCUGCAGCAGUGUCCAUGCCCUUCUGCCAAGACAAUGUUCUGAAACAGGCAGCAGUAGAACAUGCCUGCAGCAUCCUGAUGGGUGACAUCUUUCAAGCAUGUGAGAAACUGGUAGAUCCAACACCAUAUUAUGAGAUUUGCACAUAUGACACGUGCACUUGUGAAUCAAUUGGUGAUUGUGCAUGCUUCUGUGAUUCUAUAGCAGCCUAUGCACAUGCAUGCACUCAGAAGGGAGUGAUCGUGCGGUGGAGAUCAUCACAACUUUGUCCUCAGAGUUGUGAAGAGAAGAAUGAAAAAGAACUGGAGUAUGUGUGUGAAUGGAGAUAUAAUAGUUGUGCACCUGCUUGCCCAGCAACCUGCCAACACCCUGAGCCUUCAAACUGCCCUCUAAAAUGUGUUGAAGGCUGCCAAGCACACUGCCCACCUGGUAAAAUUCUAAAUGAAGUAUCAGAGACAUGUAUUGACCCCAAAGACUGUCCAGUAUGUGUGGUCGGUGGUCGCCACAUUCCACAUGGGAAAAACAUUUUUCUGAACCAAGAUGACCCCAAAAGUUGUCAGCAAUGCCAUUGUGAAGAUCAGACUCUACUGUGUAUUUCUUGUGAGACCGACCACAAUAUGACCAGUCCUGCCCCUACUGAGGUGGUGACUCCAACUUCUGAGGAGGAGGAGGAGGAAGUUACAGUACUGCCAGGGACUUAUACCUGUGAGAAAGCCAUGGACCUGGUUUUCCUGGUAGAUGGCUCUUCAAAACUGUCUGAAGCUGAAUUUGAAAUUGUGAAGGACUUCAUCGUCAGUAUCCUGGAGAAAAUCCGGAUCUCACAAAAACGUAUUCGCGUGUCUGUAGUCCAGUAUUAUUCGUUAUACACACCAAAAUUAUUUCAUCUCAAAGAUAAAUUAAAACUCACUGACAUGGUUAAUAAAGUAAAAAACAUGAAGUACUACGGAAGUUCAACGGCUUCAACUUUCGAGGCCCUUAAGUAUGCUUCUCACUACGUGUUUCCAGAAGCUCCAAGGGACAACGCUCCAAAAAUGAUUAUGUUACUGACAGCCAGCAAGAACCAAAAGAGCAUAGGCAGUUUAUUGAAGGCCGUAAUGAAACGUAAAAUCACUGUGAUUCCAGUCGCCAUAGGACCUAAUGCCAACAUAGAAGAAGUCAAAUUAAUUCAAAGUAAAUCAGUUCACAACAAACCAUUUAUUGUACCAAAUGUCAAAGACUUGCCUGGCUACAAAGACAAGAUCAUUGAUUAUUUGUGCGGUUUAGUACCUGAACCGACAACAAAGACUCCCACGCCCUCGACUCCCACUACCAAACAGCCGCAUGUACCUUUGACUCCUGCACCGUUACCACCUGGUAAAGAACUUUUCUUUCUAAUUGAAACUUCUAACAACAUUACAAAAGAAAACUUUACACAGACAAUAGACUUUCUUGAGAAAAUAAUUCAUGAAAUGGAUAUGAGUAAAGAAGUCAUAUAUAUUACAAUUAUCCAGUAUUCAUACACUGUGACAUUGGAAUACAGGUUCACAGGAAGAGAAACAAAGCAGGACAUGAUUCAGAAGAUCAAAGAGAUCAGAUACAGAGGUGGGAAUGCUACCAAUACAGGGCAAGCCUUGCAUUACAUAAGCCAUGGGAUGUUCAGGAAAGGCUAUGAGAGCUCCAGCCAAGUUCCUCGUCUUGUCUACAUGAUUCAGUCCAACCCUCCUACCGAUACGAUAACCAAACCUGAUGGGGAUACAACUGUUACUCCUAUUGUUAUUGGUCAACCUAUACCACAAUUAAACAUCUUCAAGAACUCCAUAAACCUGGGAAAAUACGACCAGCUUCGUAAUAUAACCAACUCUGUCAUCAACAAUGUUGCUGAACCUGUCCCACCAACACUACGCCCCAUCCCAACCACAACCCCAGCUGUUCAACUGCCAUGUACAAGACCCAUGGAUGUGAUAUUCUUAUUGGAUGGCAGUAUUAACAUCAAGCAAUCUGAGUUUGAACUCAUGAAAACAUUUGUCAAGAACUUUAUUUACAAGGCAAAUAUUGGACCUGAAGCAACACAGGUGGCCGUUCUUCAGUAUGGAUGGACUCCUCAGCUGGAAAUUGCAUGGACAGACCCCCAGAACAGGGAAGGCUUGAUAAAGGGGCUGGAUACUAUGCAGAAAAUGGAAAGGGGGCCUAGCAAAAUCGGAGAUGCAUUGCAGUAUGCUGUCCAGAGUGUCAUUUCGGAAGUGCAUGGAGCAAGACCUAGCUCCUUUAAGAUCGCAGUUAUCCUUGUUGCAGACAAAUCAGUAGAUCAAGUUAAUGAUGCCGCAGACUCAGCUACAACAAACAGGAUCUCUGUUUUCCCAAUCGGAGUUGGAUCCCACUAUGAUGAGGAUGAAUUAUCCAUCCUAGCUGGCCCAUCUGCUGACAACAAGAUCACAAAGCUGCAACUUUUUGAAGACCUGCCAACUAUUCUCCUGCUGGGACAUGACUUUAUUAACAAGCUGUGCACUGACUUUAUCAGAGUGUGUGUUGAUGAGGAUGGAAAUCAGAGAAAGGCUGGAGACAGUUGGACCCUUUCAGACCAAUGUUAUACUGCCAGGUGUCUGCCAGAUGGCAUAACCACUCUAGAAAGUCACAGAGUGAACUGCAUGAAGAUCCCGAAGCCAGUAUGUGACAAUAACUUGCCUGCCAUUAAAGUUGAGGAGACGUGUGGCUGCCGCUGGGUGUGUCCAUGUACCUGCAAGGGAAGCUCCAAUAGACACAUUGUAACCUUUGACGGUCUAAACUUUAAACUCAUCAGCGAUUGUUCCUAUGUGUUGUUUGAUGACAAAACAAACAAUGUGGAAGUCAUUCUACAGAACGGCGAAUGCAGUUCACUGAGCCAUCAGACCUGCAUGAAUUCUGUGCAAGUGAAGCACAAUCAGGAUACAGUCACAAUCUCAAACAACAUGCAGGUAUCUGUCAAUGGAAGAUCAGUCACCGUGCCAUAUCACAGCAGUAUAUUUGAAGUUGAUGUGUAUGGAGCUGUCAUGCACGAAGUCAAGAUUCCCAAAGUGGGAUUUGUGUUUACAUUUACGCCAUCAAUCAAUGAGUUUAUACUGCAGCUUAAUCCCCAUGUGUUCUCUUCAAGUACAUCAGGACUUUGUGGUAUAUGUGACCACAAUCCAGUUAAUGACUUCACACUGAGGGAUGGCUCAGUUACUAGAGACAGCAGCUUUUUUAUAAAGGAGUGGACCUUGCCCAACCAUUUGGAUAAAAUAUGUGAAACCAAACUGGAUGAUGUUUGCACCCAACGUCCCAGCACUCAGUGCAACAUCCUGCUUUCCAAAACAUUUGAGGCUUGCCACUCCAAGAUCCAGCCCAGCACCUACUUCUCACUGUGCGAGGAGAGCAGCUGCCACGGGCAAGACAUCUGCGAGAUCAUAGCCGGAUACAGCCACUUUUGCCGAAUUCAUGGAGUGUGCAUAGACUGGAGAACGGUGGACCUUUGCCCCAUGAACUGUCCAAGUACCAUGGUGUACAACCACUGCCGGAUAGGAUGUGAUAGGGACUGUGGAAAUACCCACAAUGCAACAGUCUGCUCCGACCACCCAACAGAAGGCUGCUUUUGCCCAGAUGGAGAUGUGACAUUCAAUGGAAAAUGUGUCUCAGAAAGUGUGUGCACCCAGUGUGUUGAUCCGAACGGAGUGGAGCACAAGCAUAUGGAACGCUGGAUCCCCUCCCAUGAACCAUGCAGUAUCUGCAUUUGCCUGGAUAACAGGAUGAUUAACUGCUCACCCAAGCCGUGCCCAACCGUCGAACCAAUCACUUGUGGCCCCUGUGAAAUUCCAAAGCUGAAGAAGACUUCCGAUCAGUGCUGCCCGGAAUAUGAAUGCGUUUGUGAUAACAGUACCUGUUCCUUACCUCCUGUACCACACUGUGAAGAUGGAAUGGUGCCCGUACUCACCAACCCUGGAGAAUGCAUUCCAAUCUAUAUAUGUGAGUGCAAAAGAAAGAUGUGUCCUGUACCCCCAACCUGUCCAGCUCAUAAGACGCUAACAAAGACUAGCACAAAGUGUUGUGAUAACUAUAAUUGCAACUGUACUUGUUCCAACUCCACAAAUACCUGUCCACCUGGAUACAUCUCCAACAUCCUGACCGAUGAGUGUGGCUGCACCACAGUUACCUGUACUCCAGAUCAGGUCUGCAUCCAUAAGAACAAUGUGUAUCGGGUUGGAAGCCUGUGGGAAGACGGAUGCCAGACGUGCCAGUGUACAGACUUGAAGGACUCGAUCACAGGACUCCGCAUAGUCGAGUGUGUGAAAAAGCAGUGCGAUGUAAAAUGUGCCCCCGGUUUCAAAUAUAUAACCAGGGAAAACGAGUGUUGUGGGACAUGCAAGCGGAUGGUGUGUGAACAAGAGAUGUCCCACUUUAAAGGAUAUAAAGGAGAUUUUGAUGAAUCUGAGAGUGCAAGCCAAUGGUAUAGUGUUGGUGCGCAGUGGAUGUCUCCAGUUGACCCAUGCAUCAUUAAUGAAUGUGCCAAAGUAAACGGAGAAGUGUUUACUCUUCAGAAGAAUGUGUCCUGCACUGACAUAGAGACCAAGAACUGUCCCACAGGUUAUGAACUGAAGUGCAUUCAUGGAGCAGAGUGCUGUCCCAUUUGCCGUUGUGAUCCCAUCCCUGGCUGUCUUCUCAAUGGAACUAUUAUUGGGCCUGGGAAGACAUUAAUGAUAGACGAAUGCUCCUCUUGUGAAUGUCGCAUUUCUAAAGGUCCAUUUCCAAGUUAUGAACUAUCCUGCCAACGGACCACAUGUGAUCCCUGUCCACGGAAUACUGUUUUGCAAAAGGUUAAAGGUGCCUGUUGUGGCAAAUGUAUUUUGAUGUCCUGCACCAUUAUGCUGCAGAAUGGAAAUCCAGUAGAUAUAGAGCCCAACAAAUCCAUACGGGAUGGCUGUGACAUGUACACCUGCAAAGCCAAUGAACAAGGAGAGUUGACUCUGGAAAAAGUAGUGACAUCAUGCCCACCGUUAGAUCGUCAGAAAUGUUUGGCAGAUGGUGGUAAAAUUAUACAACUUGGAGACUCUUGCUGUGAAACAUGUGAGGAACCAGAAUGUAUGCAGGUCACUGGGGUCCUGAAAUUUAUUCGAGUUGAUGACUGUGUGACGGAAAGACAGCUCAAUAUACACUAUUGCGAGGGAAAAUGUACCAGUAAGUCCGUCUAUGCCAUACAGACACACCGCAUGGAAGAUCAAUGCAUUUGCUGUUCCGCCACCCAGACAGAGCCGAUGAAAGUACCCCUGCAAUGCGCAAAUGGGACCACAGUAGAGCAUGAAAUCUUACAAGCCACAAACUGUGAAUGUCAGUCUCGCAAAUGUACCCCUAACAGCUCUACUCCAUGAUGUCUGCACUGAGACAAUGAUUUCAUCCUAACUGCUAAGCUGCUUUUUUGUACUAUAGAGCAGUGUGUGAUACCACACAGCAGCCAUUUAGAAA